AUGGACCGUUGCGCAGGAGCAGGGGACAAGGUGCAGCACUGGCGGCAGCAGAAGCGGCACUAUCAGCUACUGUCCGCGCUCCAGAACCUAGUCAAGGAGCUGCCGAGCUCCUUUCAGCAACGCCUGUCCUAUACCACGCUCAGCGACUUGGCCCUGGCGCUGCUCGACAGCACCGUGUUCGAGAUCGUGCAGCGGCUCCUGGAGAUCCAGCACCUCACCGAGAAGAGCCUGUACAAGCAGCGACAGCGGCUGCAGAACGAACACCGAGUGCUCAGGCAGGCUCUGAGGCAGAAGCAUCUGGAAGCCCAGCAGUUCUGCCGGCCCCAUAACUUGCCCGUCCUCCAGGCAGCUCAGCAGCGCGAGCUGGAGGCCAUGGAGCAUCGGAUCCGGGAGGAGCAGCAGGCAAUGGAUCGCAAGAUUGUCCUGGAACUGGACCGGAAGGUUGCUAACCAGCAGAGCACACUGGAGAAGGCUCGGGUACCUGGUUUCUAUGUGACCACGGAUCCUCAGGAGCUGACGCUGCAGAUGAACCUAUUGGAACUCAUCAGGAAGUUACAGCAGAGGGGCUGCCAAGUGAGAAAGGCAGUCCUGUGA